AUGGCUACUGGAGGAAUGCAGGCCGCCAUCGAGCCUUUUAGCGGCAAGAACUGGUCAUCCUGGAUCCAGCGCCUGACCUUCUACUUCGUGGCGAAUGACGUCUGCGACGAACAAAAGAAGCGCGCGCUCCUCCUGACGCUAUGUGGAGCCGACACCUUUGAAACUGCCUGCGCUCUGGUCGCGCCGAAGACUCCUGGAGAGGUGGGCUAUGCCGACAUAGUUGCCCUUCUGCAGAAGCACUUCGAUCCACGACCGUCUGAGUUGUACAGCCGGUGCGUGUUCCAGCGACGCGAUCAGCGGCCGGAAGAGUCGAUCAGCAACUACGUUGCAGCUCUCAGAAGCUUGUCAGCUGACUGUAACUUCGGAGUGCCAGCGACAACGUCUGCUACAUCGACGCCACCGGCAGAAGGCCACGCAGCCGUUCUGGCGAACCCCACCAUGCUGCCCCAAGAUGUGAUGCUUCGCGACAGGUUCGUGUGCGGCAUCCGCGACGAGCAUCUGCAGCAGCGACUGUUCGCGGAGAAAGACUUGACUUUUCAACGCGCGUUGGACUUGGCACUGUCGUCCGAAAGGGAAGAACUUGACACCGUCGGUUCGGCACAGGUUCGUGUGCGUUUCAAAUCAAAGGACUACGUGCUGCCCCUGCUGGUAAUGAAAGGGACUGGGUGCAACCUGCUCGGACGUGACUGGUUCUCAGCACUGAACAUCCGUGUGCACGGAAUAAACCAGGUCGCCGAACCAAGUCAAGAGAUCCAGGAGGUUCUCGCACGCCAUCCUGAUGUAUUUAAGGAAGGUAUCGACGGCUACGUGGGUCCAUUGGUUCACUUGGACUUGGAAGAAGGUGCCACACCCAAAUUUUGCAAAGCACGUCCAGUGCCCCUAGCUUACCAAGAGCCUAUGGAGGAAGAGCUCGACCGUCUGCAAAAACAAGGCAUCCUGGAGCCUACGCAACACGCCGAAAUGGCCACACCUUCGGUGUGGUUGCGCGGUGGGACGACAUUUUCGACGCUAGACCUGUACCAAGCCUAUCAGCAGCUAAGAGUGGACGACGAGACAGCCGCACUGCUCACCGUCAACACCACCAAAGGACUGUUCAAGGUGAAUCGUCUCCCUUUUGGAGUAUCCGCUGCGCCAGCCAUCUUCCAGCGGAUGAUGGAGACUACACUGGCCGGAAUUCAGAGGGUGAGUGUCUACCUUGACGACAUUAUUGUCAGCGGGAAGGACGUUAAAGAGCAUGCGCAACGUCUAGAGGAAGUCCUAACGAGGCUAAGCGACAAAGGUCUGCGACUCAAGCGAGAGAAAUGCCGCUUCGGCAUCAGCUCAGUCAAAUUUCUCGGUCAUAAAAUUGAUGCUCAGGGUGUCCAUACGACCGAAGAGAAGGUAAAGGCAAUCCUCGAGGCGCCAAAACCGACUGACAAGACAUCUCUGCAGGCUUUCUUAGGGCUUCUCGCCUUUUACGAUCGUUUUUUGGAGAACAGAGCGACGGUAGCUGCAGAGUUGUAUGGGCUUCUCGAGAAGAACACGCCCUGGAAGUGGGAGAAAAAACACCAGGAUGCGUUCGAGAUGCUUAAGAAGAUGAUUAGGUCUUCGACAAUCCUUGCGCAUUAUGACGAAAAAAGGCCUCUCAUUCUGUCCGUGGAUGCGUCGCCAUACGGCAUCGGCGCAAUUCUCGCUCAAAAGGAUGCGUUCGGCCGAGAGGCUCCCAUUGGAUUCGCGUCACGAACUUUGGGAACCGCUGAGAAAAACUACUCGCAGCUCGAUAAAGAGGGCCUUGCGGUAGUUUAUGGCGUCAGCCACUUUCACCAAUAUGUCGCUGGCCGGCACGUGACCGUAUUAACGGAUCACCAACUGCUCCUAGGCAUCAUGGGGGAAAAGAAGCAAAUCCCUCAGAUAUUGUCACCGAGGAUGACUCGAUGGUGUCUGAAAUUGGCCACAUACGACUACGAUUUGGUGUACAGGCCUGGACGCCUGCACCAAAAUGCUGACACACUCAGCAGGCUGCCACUGCCCGCGCAGGUAGAUGAGCCAUGCUCCCCAGGAGAUGUGCUUAUGCUUGCAUCCGCGCCACGUUUCGAGCUGUCACCGCGUCAACUGGCUGAGCUGACCCGGAAUGACCCACUGUUAUCCCGCGUGAUGACAGCCGUCUCAAACGGAGAGCUACGCCGGUUGCCCAAGCAGGAAUUUUCGGCGUUCACAAAGCUUGGACACGAGCUUUCGCUACAGGAAGGCUGCGUGAUCCGUGGUGCCAGACUGGUCGUUCCAGAGAAAGCAAGGAAAGACGUGCUCGACUUAGCACAUGCAGGUCACAGGGGCGUGGUAGCUAUGAAGGCGUGCGCUCGAGGCUAUUUUUGGUGGCCCGGUGUCGACAACGACAUAGAGCGGGUGGUCAAAAGUUGUGCAACUUGCUGCCAGCACCAGAAAACUCCAACUAAAGCACCAGCUCCCGAGUGGAAACGUGCGACAACACCAUGGCACACAAUCCACGCGGAUUUCGCUGGGCCUGUGGAGGGAAGGAUGCUCCUAAUUGUAGUGGACGCAUACAGCAAGUGGCUCGAAGUGCGCACCAUGCGGAACAUACAGUCGCCGACACUGAUCGAGGAAAUGCGAAACCUGUUCGCAACUUUCGGCAUUCCCGAAAGGGUGCGGAAGCGCCGCCGCCGCAUGAUCUGCCCACAACGCCCGACUCCGAGCAUAGCGAAGCUGAGGCCAAGCUGGACACUUGUGCGACGCAAGCUCGCGAUGACCAACCCAGCGGGUCCGCGCAGCACCAAAGUGCGCCUAGGCCCCAACGUGAUCGGCGUCCACCUGACCGAUACGGUGACCCCGUCUAAGGGGUAA